AUUUAAUUCAAUAAAAAAUUAAGAUUUAAUAAAUUGCUGAAUUUGCGAUUUAAUUUAAGAAAAUUUGGUCUACUAUCAUAACUAAUAAACAAAAGUUGCCAAAAAUUUUACAAUAGAUAUAGGCACAUUUAUAGCACCAUGGAAAGAUAUAAAAUUAUAGAAACUAUCAGUGAUUAAGAGUAUGGCACGAUUGCUAAAGCGAUUAACAUUUAGAAUAAAUAGAAGUAUAUAGUCAAAAUUCUUCGAAAAAAGUUUUAUACUUGGCAAGAAUGUAUAUAAGUGAGAGAAGUAAAAGCUCUAAGACUUUUUUCGCAUCCCAACAUUAUAAAGAUAAAAGAGCUUAUUAAAUAGAGAGAUGAAUUGAUAUGUGUAUAUGAGUAUUAUGAGAAAAGUUUAUUUGAUUAUUAUUAAGAGAUGCGUGAUUUGUGUGAUGAAUUCUCAGAAAGAUAAAUAAAAGAAAUUAUGUUUCAAAUUAUAUCAGCAAUAACCUAUAUGCAUGAUUAAAAAUUCUUUCAUCGCGAUCUAUGCCCAGAAACUAUUUCAGUGAAUACUUAUAAUUCAGAUUUGUUAAAUUCUUCUAAUAUUUCUGUCAAAAUAUCCUCUUUUACUGUAACUAGAGAAAUUUCACAAAGAUUUGCUCCAUACACAGAUUAUAUAACAACUAGAUGGUAUAGAGCUCCAGAAUAAUUAGUACAUUCUAAUACCUACACUCAUAAAGUAGAUAUUUGGGCAAUAGGUUGCAUAUUUGCUGAACUCUACUUAAUGGGACCUCUCUUUAAUGGAAUAAGUGAACAAGAUUAACUUUUAAGAAUUAUGAAAGUUUUUGGAACUCCAAGUUAAUAAGAUUGUCCUGAAUUAUUUACAUAUGCAAGUCAUAUGAAAUUCUAACUUCCUUAGUUGAAUCCUACUAAUUUAAGUUAGAUUUUCCCUAACGCAUCUACGGAAGCGUUGGAUUUAAUGAAAUAAAUAUUCAGGUACAACCCAUUACAUAGGCCUUCAUGCGAUUAAUUACUUAAACAUCCAUUCUUUUCUGAAUUAAAUAUAUAAAAUAUUCCUAUGUAUAAUACACCAUCGAAUAUUAUAUAAAAAAUGUAAAAAAAGUAAGACUUCGAAGAAUAUUUUGAAAGCAUUAAAGAAUAAGCAGAUUCUGAAAAAAAUUCAGCAGAUAAAGAAAAUUCGCCAGAAUUAUAAAAUUCAUAAAAAAAAUCCAAAUUUUCAUAAAACUUAAUUAAUCCUAAAUAAGAAAAUGAUGAAUUCACUCCUACCAAUUGCAAUGGGGAGGAUAAUUAGUAACAAUUUAGUCAUUUCUUUUAAAAACACAUUGAAUAAAAUAAAGAUUUAGGAGAACAUGAUUUAGAUAGCAAAUCAAAUUAUUAGGUAUCUGAUAUUAAUAGUAUAGAUAACACUGGAAAAAACUAAGAUUUUACUCCAUCGUCAUGA